AUGCACAGCAUGCAGAAGAAGAGAAUGGAGGCAUCGUGUCUGGAGCUGGCCCUGGAAGGAGAGCGGCUGUGCAAGGCUGGGGACUUCAAAGCUGGGGCAGCCUUCUUUGAAGCAGCAGUGCAGGUGGGGACAGAAGACCUGAAGACUCUCAGUGCCAUCUACAGCCAGCUGGGCAAUGCCUAUUUCUACCUAAAGGAGUACUCCAAGGCCCUGGAGUACCACAAACAUGACCUCACCCUGGCUAGAACCAUCGGGGACCGCAUUGGAGAAGCCAAAGCAAGUGGCAACCUUGGGAAUACACUGAAAAUACUUGGGCAGUUUGAUGAAGCUGUUGUUUGUUGCCAGAGGCAUUUGGACAUUUCUCAGGAGCAGGGAGACAAGGUAGGUGAAGCCAGAGCACUGUAUAAUAUAGGAAAUGUUUACCAUGCAAAGGGAAAGCACUUAUCCUGGAACAUGGCCCAGGACCCAGGCUACCUGCCCCAAGAAGUCAAGGAGACACUGCAGAAAGCUUCAGAGUAUUAUGAGAGGAACCUGUCCCUGGUGAAGGAGUUGGGGGACAGAGCUGCUCAGGGCCGUGCUUAUGGCAACCUUGGCAACACCCAGUACUUACUUGGCAACUUCAGUGAAGCUAUAGCCUUCCACAAGGAGCGUUUGGCCAUUGCUAAGGAGUUUGGGGACAAGGCAGCUGAGAGGAGAGCCUACAGCAACCUGGGCAACGCACACAUCUUCCUCGGGAGGUUUGACAUCUCUGCUGAGUACUACAAGAAAACACUCCAACUCUCCAGACAACUCAAAGACCAAGCAGUAGAAGCUCAGGCUUGCUACAGCCUUGGAAACACAUGCACACUGUUGCAAGACUAUGAAAGAGCAAUCGAGUACCAUCUGAAGCACCUGGUGAUAGCACAGGACCUGGGAGACAGGGUGGGAGAAGGAAGAGCCUGCUGGAGUCUCGGAAAUGCCUAUGUCUCCCUGGGGAGCCAUGAACAAGCUUUGCACUUUGCAAGAAAACAUCUAGAAAUCUCCCAAGAGAUCGGGGACCGGAAUGGGGAACUGACAGCACAGCUGAACAUGGCCCAGCUCAGGUCAGCCCUUGGCUUGGGCUCUGGGGAUGAGGACAUGGGUGCAGCUCAGCACUAUUCAGGCUAUGAAGCACAAGGGGCCAGGCCAAAGAGACUCCAAAGGAACAGCAUGGACAGCUUAGACCUCCUCAAAUUCCCUUCUGAAAAGAAAAUCAACCGGACCCCUUCGGAUGAGGAAUGCUUCUUUGACCUGUUGAGCAAGUUCCAGAGCAACCGGAUGGAUGACCAGCGCUGCCCGCUGGAGGAAUGCCCUGCGGAGGCUGCGGAGGCUGCGGCCACGGCGGUGCCAGCCCUGGGAGAGAGGAUAUCACAGUCCACCCUGAUGACAUCUCCUCAGACAGAGGAGUUCUUCGAUCUCAUUGCCAGCUCCCAGAGCAGGCGCCUGGAUGACCAACGCGCCAACGUGGGCAACCUGCCAGGGCUCCGGAUAACCCACAACAACCUGGGGCACCUGCGUGUGGAGGGAGAUGCUCAGGAGCCUGGGGAUGAGUUCUUCAACAUGCUCAUGAAGUGUCAGUCCUCCAGGAUUGAUGACCAGCGCUGUGCCCCACCUGACUCCAUCCCCAGAGGUCCCACCAUGCCAGAUGAAGACUUUUUCAGCCUCAUCCAGCGUGUCCAGGCCAAGCGCAUGGACGAGCAGAGGGUGGAUUUGGCCUCAGCGCAGGAGGCAGCUGAGGAGGAGCAGCAGAGGCCUAGGUCGAGCUAA